AUGGGCUAUCUACGGGACAUGAUGACCGGCAUGCGCCGCAUCGGCUGGGAUGCCUACCAGUCCGACCACGAGGACGCCAACGGGCAGUACGAGAUCAACUUCCACUACUCUGAUGCGCUGACUACCGCCGACCGGUACACCUUCUUCAAGAUGAUGACCAGCCAGUACGCCCAGAGGUACGGGGCCAUCGCCACGCACAUGGCCAAGCCUUUCACCGACAGGACCGGCAGCGGCGGCCACAUCCACUAUCACAUCGCCGAUUCUGAAUCCGGCGAGAACCUGUUCCUGGACGAGGACGACCGGCGAGGGCUCGGGCUUUCGGAGAUGGCCUACCACUUCAUCGGCGGCAUCUUUGCCCACGCUCCCGCCCUCUGCUCCGUGAUGUCCCCCACCGUCAACUGCUACAAGCGCCUGCAGGUUGGACCGGCGCUCUUUGGUUCCUCUUCAGGAUUCCUGUGGACCCCGGCCUUCGUCUCCUACGGCGACAACAACCGGACGCAGAUGAUACGUACCGCCGGCCCUGGUCACCUGGAAGACCGCACCAUGUCCGCCGCCUGCAACCCCUACCUGGCCUUUGGGGCUUAUCUCACGGCCGGCCUUGACGGCGUGCGCCGCAGGCUCGAUCCCGGUGAACCCAACCUGGGCAACCUGUAUGAACUUGGGCUGGAGGAAAUUCGCCGCCGCGGCGUUCGGAUGCUCCCCCAGUCCCUGGCCGAGUCCCUUGCCGAACUGAAGGCCGACUCAGUCGUGAGCGACUCCCUCGGCGUAAUAUAUGAUGAGUUCGUAACCCAGAAGGAUGCCGAAUGGCGAGAAUACCACCGUCAGGUCACCCCGUGGGAAAUCGAGCGCUACCUCACCAUGUUCUAG